AAGAAACACAAAAUGAUGAGAGCGAAAGCACGUCGAAGAAAAACGCUGCUAGUGUGAACUGCUGAUGCUGUCCCUUGACGCUGAUUUACCUCAAUCACCCUUUCUCCGUCGACCAAACCAAACCGCUUCGGUUUAGACCAACCGGUUUGACACUCUUCAAUCGCCGACGCACAGAGAAGAAGGUACGCUCUCAGUUCAUGAAACGAUGCCGUUCGUUUCCAAAAUCGAUCGCCAAUCGGAUUUCAACGACUUUAGUUCCCAAACUCCUAUCGUUAUCGACAAUGGCGCCUCCUAUUUACGCAUUGGAUGGGCGGGUGAGUCUGAACCUCGCGUUAUUUUUCGCAACAUUGUGCUCAGGCCACGCCAUAAAGUAACUGGGGAAACUGUCACUGUUGUGGGUGACCCUGAUCCGGCAUUACUGAAAUACUUUGACUGCACUCGCUCUGGGCCAUGCUCAGCAUUUGACAACAAUGUGGUUUACCAGUUUGAAACUAUGGAAUAUAUUGAUCAUCCUGUCCUGAUCACAGAAUGUGUAUGCAACCCAGUUGAAUCUCGUUGUAAAAUGGCAGAACUUCUUUUUGAGACUUAUGGAGUUCCAUCAAUUGCCUUUGGUGUUGAUAUCGCAUUCAGCUACAAGUAUAAUCAACAACAAGGAGUUUGUGCUAAAGAUGGUCUUGCUUUGUGUCCUGGAUUCACCGCAACCCAUGUGAUUCCGUUUGUAGAUGGGGAGCCUGUUUACAAAGGAUGCUGCCGUACUAAUAUUGGUGGAUUCCAUGUGACUGAUUAUUUGAAGCAACUUCUUUCACUCAAAUAUCCUUAUCAUUCGGCAAGAUUUACAUUGGAAAAGGUUGAAGACCUGAAGAUGGAGCAUUGUUACAUUGCACCAGAUUAUGUUUCUGAAGCUCGGUUGUUUCAGGAAGGAGCCAAGGAGGCUGAAGAAAUAACCAAAUAUUGGCAGCUCCCCUGGGUUCCACCUCCAACUGAGGAGCCUCCUUCUGAGGAAGAGGUUGCAAGAAAGGCAGCAAUAAAAGAGAAACAAGGUCAAAGGCUUCGAGAAAUGGCCGAGGCAAAGAAGUCUUCUAAGAUAAAUGAACUGGAAAAUGAAUUGCAUGGUUUGGAGUUUCUUUCGCAUCAGCUUGAACAAGUGGAUGAGACUGAUGUUCCAUCUUUCCUGGCAGAAACUGGCUAUGUCUCUAGGCAGGAUAUAGAAUCUGCAUGUAGUCAAGUUACGCAAUCUUUACGGAAAGCAAAAGGUGAACCAAACAAUGAACAAGAUGAAACUGAAAAGGCUGAUCUUGACGCAAAUGAAAAGUAUUCUCUUAUAAACAUUCCCGAUGACAUGUUGACUCCAGAACAGCUCAAUGGAAAAAGGAAACAGUUGUCACUCAAAUCUGUGGCUGACGGGAGACAGCGAUUAAAAAAGAAGCACUAUGAAGAGGAAUUGGAACGAGAGAGAAAACAACAAUUAGAGGAGGAGAAACGCCUAGAGAACCCAGAGCUUUACUUGGAACAGUUGCAUGCAAGAUACAAAGACCUUUCUGAAAAAGUUGACCAACAUAAACGACUUAAGACAGAUGGGGGACAUACGAGUGAAAGUAAUUGGUGGGAUGGUGUUGGGCGGGGAGAAAGAGCGAAUGCUGCUCAGAGGGAACGAAUGCGCCUCUUGUCGACUGCAGCUUUUGAUAGUGACAUGGGUGAGGAUACAUUUGGUGCCACGGAUGAAGAUUGGCAACUGUACAAAUUGAUGAACAAAGAUUAUAUUGAUGAUGAUGAUGAUGGACCCGACGAGGAUGAGGCAGAGCUGGCCCGCAUCUCCUCCAGGCUCCAGGACUUGGAUCCAACAUUUAUACCCAAUUUGGAAGUCGGUACCUUUCAACCUGCUGAGGUGCCACGUUUUCGUCCUCUGACCAAAGAAGAUUUUCAGAUUGUUCUUGGGGUUGAAAGAUUCAGAUGCCCUGAAUUGUUGUUUAAUCCAAAUUGGAUUGGGAUUGAUCAGGGAGGAUUAGACGAGAUGGCUGGGGUCUCACUAAAGAGACUACCAUGCAAGGAUGAAGGCUUGGAAGACAGACUGACUAGUUCCAUACUUGUUACUGGUGGAAGUUCUCUUUUCCCUGGUAUAAUUGAACGCCUUGAAGCUCGAAUUCGGAUGAUUAGACCAUGUGGUGCACCUAUAAACAUUGUUAGAGCAUUGGAUCCAGUCAUGGAUGCAUGGCGUGGGGCUGCUUCCUACGCGUCAGCCUCACAGUUCCUUAAGCAAACUUUCAGUAGACUGGACUACUAUGAAAAAGGUGAAGACUGGCUUCGCGGUUAUCAACUGCAAUAUACGUUAUAAUUGAUCCCACUGUACAGUAUUGUGUAGUAUAGAAUUUUCGACCAUUCUUCUGUAGUAUAGCCAAUUGCCUUGCCUUUGCUGAAGCUGGAACCAGAACGUCAACAAAAGCACGAUGCUACUGCUAAUAUUCAGUCUUGUGAAUAACAUCUACUUCUU